AUGACCACACUGUUACUCAAUCACCUAAUCAUGAAGAAGGUUAGUCUUUGUUCAUGGAAUGUUAGAGGCCUUAAUGAUCAUGGUAAGAUUGUUGAGGUUAAGCAGCUUUUAAAUAAGAAUAGUAUUCAUGUUAUAACCUUAAUUGAAACUAGCGUUAAAGAAACAAAGUUCAAGCAACUUUCUAGUAAGUUUGGUAGAUACUGGAGCUGGGGAGAGAACUAUAAAGACAACCCUAGGGGCAGGAUUUGGUUAGGUUGGCAACACCUUGAGGUGGAUUUGUCUAUCCUAACAUGCCAUGAGCAGUUCAUUCACUGUGUGGUUAGGGAUAGAUCUGGGAGUGUUUAUCUGUAUUUCACUGCAGUGUAUGGGCUGCAUACUAUUGAGGAUAGGAAAAGCUUAUGGUCAGCUCUGUUACAGAUUCAAGCCAGUGUGGGGGCAUACCCAUGGAUCUUGUCAUGUAACUUUAACACCAUCUUGGCUGAUGGUGAUAGAAUUAAUGGAUGUCCUGUUACAGCUGCUGAAACUUGUGACUUUAACAAUUUUGUUGUUUCUGCUGGAUUGUGUGUUCUGCAGAGUGUUGGUGGUUAUUUUUCUUGGCAUAAAGGGGCUGGUGUGGGGAAAGUAGCAAGUAGAAUAGAUUGGUGCUUGGGUAAUCCUGCCUGGGUGAUGAAAUUCAGUGGGGUGCCUGUGCAGUAUUUAAACUUCUCUAUCUCUGAUCAUGUGCCUUUAAUGAUCUCUUGCUUACCUGAUGUUCCAGAAGGGGGUAAACCUUUUAGAUUUUUGAAUUUUCUUGCUGAUCAUACACAGUUUGAACCAUUGGUGAAAGCAGUUUGGGACUCUCCUGGUGCUGGUACAUGUAUGUUCCAACUUUGGUGUAAACUGAAACAAGUGAAGUGUAAGUUGAAGAGUCUCCAUAGGGAGGAAUUUUCUGGUAUUGCUGAGAAGAUUGACAAAGCUAGAACCUUGUUGGCAUCUGUACAACAAGAUUUGGUUACUGCUCCUACCACUGAGUUGCACCUGCAAGAAAUUGAGUGUAUAACUGACUUGAGGAAAUGGCUCAAAAAAGAAAGAAACAGAAUAAAUAGGAUCUCUAUCCUAUAUGAUGCUAAUGGCAACAAAUUAGUUGAUGCUGAGGCUAUUCAGAAGGAAGUUAUCUCUUUCUAUAAAGCUUUGCUUGGUUCUUCUGCUCAUUCUCUCCCUUCUGUGCACUUGCCUACUUUGAGAAAAGGGCCAACACUUAGUGUUUCUGCUAAGAAGUGGCUGAUUAGACAGGUUACUAAUGAUGAAAUUGAUCUAGCCCUGAAAGCUAUUGGAGAUGAUAAAGCUCCUGGUCUGGAUGGUCUUGGCAUAUAA